CCCAGUGUCAGAUGUCCAGAGCUCCUGUCAGAAACGCUGUGGUCUGUCCUCUCUCUGAACACCGCGGUAAACAGCCCCACGGCCAAACACAGGACCACGCAACACGAGGGGGGCACUCAGAGUAAUGCUUGACUUUUCUCCCCAGAGGAACUCAAGAAAUCCCGGGACAGAGGUUAGCAAACCGUGUGACCGUUGCGCGCCCUCGGGGGACUAGUUUCUCUUCUCCGUUACUUUGACACACCAAAGCGCCGUCUCAGCUGAUGCGCCUCCACCAUCAUGAUCGGCUCCCCGGACCUGCUCGCCUUCUCCGGGGCUGAUGGCUUCGGGGAGGGCUCGGAGGAGGAUCUGGAGGCUGUGAGUCUGCCCGAGGAGCUGUCUGUCCCGCUGCUCGGCCCGGAUAACCCCUGGAGCUCCUGCGCACGCUUCAACCGAGACUUCAUCCUGGUGGCAGAGUUCUCCGAGCAGGUGGGCCCGUCUCCUGUGCUCACCAUCCCGGACGACCCCAGGCUCAUGGGCUCUUUUGACCUGAACCACUUCUCUGUACGCAUCAUGUCGGUGGACUACCAGGCGUCCGGCCCCGCUCCGGCCCCACACUUGGGCCCCGGCCCCAGGCUAAAUUUCAGUGAGGACUCCCGCGUGGUGCUGGGGGACUCAGCAGAGGACACCUAUGCCUACGUCCACCACGUGACCCUGUUGGACCUGGAGGCGCGGGGGAUGGUGCGGCCCUUCUGCAUGGCCUACGUGUGCUCCGACCAAGCCAAGCUCAUGGACAACUUCUGCGAGCUCUCCAGCGGCUUCUCCAGAGCCUCAGACAGUCUGAAGACGGGCAACAGGCAGGCCUUCUCCAUGGAGCUGCAGAGGAAACUCCAAGAGCUUGAGUUCAAGCGUCUGUCUCUGAAGCAGGAGACGGCUCUUUCCCCAGGCCCCGUAGAGAACCAUCUGACUGGAGAACCCACGGAGCUGGAGAACGUGGAACUGUCCAUCCACACCCACCGCGAGCUUCUGCGCCAGGUCACCUCCUACCCCAACAGGAAGCUCAAGCAGCCCGACUUCCUGCCCUACGACCCCGCCGACUCCCUCCCGGACUCUUCCCCCCUGACCUCUGACCCCUGUGAUCCCGCACCCUCGCCCCGUCCCCAGCACCAGCUCAAGACCCUGCCCGAGCUGUGUAACCCAUACUUCCUGACGCUGAUGAAGGAGCAGCUGGCGGACACGGAGACGAGGCUGCGCGGGGACCGGGGUGUGCUAAGGACGUCCUGUGUCCUCGGCUCACUCUCUAAAAGACUACCACUCACCCACUUUCUGUUUGAGCUGUGGGCAAGCGAUGGUGAGGAGGAGGAGGAGGAGGAGGAGAGGGAGAAGAGCAAUGCCGCAGCUCCACGCAGCUCAGAGCCUCCUGAUGCUGACCCGCUCAGCCUGGAGUCCUUCUUCUCCUGUGUGGAGGAGAUCCCCAUAAAGAUGGAGGCAGAGCGCCGACACACAGUGACCCCUGACCUUGCCGUUUCCAUGGAGAUGACGGGGAGUGUGAGCAGCAGUGACAGCAUUGAGGUACUGGGGACAGAGAGGUCCUUCCGUACACAGCAGACCAUCGGUGGCUGUGAGAGCAAAGAGCCUCCAGCCCUGAUGGGGGAGUCCUCAGCCAAGUGUGUAACUGUAGAUGUGGGUGUGAGGCGGGUCAGAGCAUACGCCCGCAGAGCGAACAGUGAGGACAGCAUCGAAGUCCUGAGCACUACGGACUCCAUUAUCCCCGAAGACCUGAGUGCCAUCACCGAGGAGGCCGAGCACUCCCCUCUGCUCAACGAUGGGGCACUCCCUGAGGUACUUCCAGAGGUACUCCCUGAGCCCCUCCCUGUGUCCCUACCAGAACCACCACAACAACCUGUAGUCCGACUAAAGAACACACAUGUGCGGGUGGAACAAGGGACAGCAGCAGCAGAGCCCCCUCUGGACCCCUCAGACUGGCCAACCCCUGGCCCUCUGUCCUUGGUGCACUCUCUUCAUGUCCCCUCCUUGUCAGCGGUCACUCGUUGGUCCCAGGGCAGCACUCCGGCCCGGCUGCUCAGCCUUGACGAGCGCUCGGACAGCACCAGCGCCACAGGCUCCUCUGAGCCCCCUCGAUCUGGGCUGUCCUCCGCACAGGGGUUGAGGAGGAGGCUCAGGAGGCGCAGGAAGGCGGGUCUGCGGGCUCUGCGCUUUCUCAAACAGCACUCCUUCUGCCAGCCCGCACUCUAUUGUCUGCUGUCAGGGCGCCCCCUAGUGGUGCUAGGGGAGGAGGAGGCUCUGGUGAAGAAGGUGGUGGAUGGGCUGAGGCUGUUUGUGCCUGCACCCGGUCCAGACGAGCGCACCAUCCUGCCCAGUCUGACCAGCUCUCUGCAGCUCACUGAUCUGCUCACCUGGAGGCUCAUCGGCAUUCACAGGACAUCAGGCAGUGCCUGCGCUGGGGUGGUGGCCUCUCUGAACCGCUACAGCCGCUACCUUUCAGUGCUGGACCUGGACCAGAGGAGCCUGAGGGCCCCGGCCUAUUCAGGCGUUCUGAUUGGUAGGCUGGCAGAAGCUCAGUGUGGCUUUAGCAAAGGCCUGACAUACCUGCUGCACCUGGAGAGUGAACUGAGCGCGCUGCAGAACCAGGCUCUGCUCUACGCCUUCUGUCCUCCUUACAGAGAGCGUCCCCUCCUGACAGACUGUGACCGCAGAGUACUGCACUUCCUGUCUGACCUCAUGGCCCAGCACCAUGCUGGGUAUGGCCCCCCAGUGUUAGGCUUCACCUACUGCUCCACACAGCUGCACAGGAACACUGCUGCCCCCUAGAGCCUGGGACAUGUCAUUUUUACUGUGAACAGUGCAAUAUUUAGGAUUUUACUCCUUUUAACUAUGAUUUAUUAUGGUCUUCAUUAAAAUCUAAAGGUUCACUUGGUGUGAUGAGUGAACCUUACAUGUGUCACAGCUGAGAUAGGGUUUAUUCUUAACUGCUGUAACGUUUUUAAACAGACUGUUUGCACAUCGAACAACUCAUGGACAUAGACAGAAUAUACCUUCAGGUUGUGGCUUCUCUUCGGUUUAACUGCGCACUUCCUUUUAAUCCAACUGAUUUGUUCUGUUUUGUGUAGCAGGUUUGAAACAUUUGACCUUGAAACAUUCUCAGGGUUUAUCAAAACAAACUCGCUGAAAUGUAGUGACUGGAAAUGCAGGUUUUGCUGUUUCAAGAUGUCAUUAUGAACCAACUGGAUGCUCUGCAAACAGGAGCCACUCUCACUUUACUGCUGUGCACUCGUGAUCAAACUAAUUAAACAUGCUGCUCAAUAAUACACUUUGCACCUUUUUAUUAAGAACGCAUUGCUGAUUUUAUUUAACUUUCACCAUAAGAUUUCAAAUGAUUGGCAUAGAAACUCUCAAACAAAAUAAAAAUAAGCUUUGAAUAACAUUAAAGUGACAAACAGGAACUCCAUUAGCAGCAGCAGCUAGAUCUGAGCAGGCCUCCACCUCUCUGGAGACCUCUGCUGGACAUCUGUGGGCAAAGCAACCAUCAUUUGUGUGAAUAAAGGAAUAAAAAUGGGUGUAGAAGUUUGUAUUUCAAAAUUUACGACAAAAAAAUAAAAACCUGAGAGUAACUAUGUCGAGAUGAAAAGGUGAGUAGACCUAUUAUGCAAAAUCGACUUUUCAGAGCUUUUUCCCAUGUUAUAGUUGUUUCCACUCACCAUUUACUCACCCGAAGCUGCAUUUGGAUUUGUGCGUGUUUGAGGAAUCUUAAAUCUUAUUUUCAAGAUGCCUUUUUACCAAUCAACUCUCGUUUUCAUCACCAGCGAUAAACACCCACUGCUCUAUGCUUAGUUGUCCAAUUUUAUUUUCUUAAUCUGUGAAAUGUGUAGGAUUUGGAAGUGUCUGGUAGUGAUUUUGGUACAAAUGAAAAAACUGGCUAGUGUGAUGUGUAUAUCCAUGAGUGUAGCAGUAGAGUGACUUUGUUGUGAUGACAUUUACGUCGGCUCCCAUUGGGCACUACACUUGCUUUUUUUGUGAUGUCAUUUUAGAUGACAUUGUGAUUUUUAAAUGUCCAAAUUUAUAACAAUGGUCCACGGGUGUCAUGGAUUAUAACUAUGUAGCGAACGCAAGCACAAUAGGUCUUCUUUAAAAAAGCAGUGCUGAAUGUAUGACAACAAAAAUGCAAGCCCAAAAUUUUGAACUUUACCGCACUUUUAAAUGAUGUCAGAAAAUAAUCAACUCUGCUACUCUUUGUACCUUUUUAAUUGCCCCUGGGGGAUAAAUAAAGUGAUUGAAUUC